AUGGAGUUGUCUCUCCCGCUUUCAACGACUUUUACGGCUAUCUUUUUCGCCCUCAUACUAACUUUCAUGCUGCGGAUCUUGAAUGGUAGGAGAAGAAACAAAGCGAAAAACAGAGAACCACCUGAAGCAAAGGGCUCAUGGCCUAUAAUCGGACAUUUGCACCUUCUAGGGGGAUCUGAACUACCUCAGAAGGUUUUAGGUUCCAUGGCAGACAUAUAUGGUCCUAUCUUCACACUAAAACUUGGUGUCCACCGAGCAUUGGUAGUGAGUAGCGGGGAGAUAGCUAAAGAGUGCUAUACCACAAACGAUAAGGUGUUUGCAAGUCGACCUAAGUCUAUGGCAGUAGAACUCAUGGGAUAUAACUACGCCAUGUUUGGCCUUGCUCCGUAUGGGGACUACUGGCGACAAGUGCGCAAGAUCAUCAUGCUUGAGGUUCUCUCUCAGCGACGAGUGGAGAUGCUUGGACAUGUUCGAGCUUCAGAGGUUAGAGAAUCAGUGAAAGAUGUAUAUGAAGCAUGGGUAAAGAACAAAGAGAGUGAAAGUUCAGACGUGGUCAAGGUCGACAUGCAACAAUGGUUUGGGAACUUGAUACUAAACGUUAUUGUUAGGAUUGUUUCAGGAAAGAGGUUUUCACCUAACGAUGAAGAAGGGAUUCGAUUUCAAAACGUGGCAAGGAGAUUCUUUGAGUUAUUGGGCGCAUUUGUGGUGUCUGAUUUCAUUCCCUUUUUGAAGUGUUUCGACCUGGGGGGAUACAAGAAAGACAUGAUGAUUACAGCAAAAGAGAUGGACGACAUCUUUGAAGGAUGGUUGCAGGAGAACAAGAGAGAAAAAGAGUCUAAAAAGCAACAUGAAAGUAAUCAAGUCUUCAUGGAUGUGUUAGUUUCGGUUCUUGAAGGUGCCUCUGAAGAAGAAUUCCCUGGCUUUGACCACAAUACGAUAAUCAAGGCCUCGUGUUUGGCCAUUCUAAUCGCUGGAUUGGACACAACAUCUGUCACUUUAACAUGGGCGUUGUCUUUGUUACUCAACAACCCAAGAGCAUUAAAAAUUGCCCAAGAUGAAAUUGAUGAACAUGUUGGAAGGGAGAGACUAGUAGAGGAGUCAGACAUGAAGAAUUUAGUCUACCUUGAUGCCAUCAUCAAAGAGACAUUACGUUUAUACCCAGCUGGACCUCUAUCCGUUCCACAUGAGUCCAUGGAGGAUUGUAUUGUGAGUGGCUACAACAUCCCUAAAGGCACACGUUUGUUGCUUAAUCUUUGGAAAAUGCAUCGAGAUCCUAACAUAUGGUCAGAUCCCAACGAAUUUCAGCCAGAGAGAUUCUUGACAAGUCAUAAAGAUAUUGAUGUCAAGGGAAGUCAUUUCGAAUUGCUUCCUUUUGGUAGUGGUAGAAGAAUGUGUCCUGGUGUUUUCUUUGCUCUCCACGCAUUGCAUUUCACAUUAGCUACAUUAAUUCAACAGUUUGUGCUUAAAAAACCAUCAAAUGAGCCUAUUGAUAUGCGAGAAUGUUCUGGAUUGACAACAGGCAAAGCAACACCACUGGAGGUCCUUCUGGCCCCCCGUUUAUCGCUUGACAUGUAUCUUGUUAGUGCAUAGUAGAUCAGCUUCAAUUAAUGAACCAACCCCACUCCAACUGCCCUCGCCUGCUAAUUAAAGUGGAUGUGAAAGAUAUCAACUUUAGGUAAUAGGCAGAAAAUAUGGUGUCAACAAUAUCAGCAGGACUAUUAUGCAAUAAAAUUAUUAGUAUAUAGCUACAUGAAUUAAUUUGAUGUCACGUAAUUUGUGUUUUAGUAUAUAGGCUCAUGCUAUUGAUUUCUUUAAUACUAAAAUAUAUUAAAAGAACUAUAAAUUAUCAUUGGU